AUUGCAGAGGUGGGUCAGACCAACCAAAUAUGUCUACAGAUAACAAAUUUAAAGACACUAAUGACUUAUACGGUAAAAUGAAUGUAGACAGUCCACGAUUGAGGGUAAUGAAAGGCGAAGCACUGACCAACCUUGAUGAUGUUAAAGAAAAAAAAUACGUAAAGACUCGUGCUUUUGGUGAGGGUUUGAAGAUACUGAAGAGUCAACACAUCUUGGGAAUAAUAGGAGCCGCGGGAGAUGGUAAAACAAUUCUAUCAAUGAUGAUAGCCAAUCAGUUCAUUGAAGAACGUCCUGAAUAUAAACCAUUAUUGAUUUAUGACAUGGAUGAUUUAAAGGAAGUCAACUUUAAAGAUGAUAAGUAUCUAUAUAUCAUCGAUGACAUGUAUGGUAAAUUUAAUAAAUUACAGGCACGUAUUGAUAAAUGGCCCACCCAUUUCCGUACUCUUCGCAUUAAUAAAGAAAGAGGCAAUUUAUUUAUCAUUUAUGUAAUGAGAGAUUAUAUUUACCUUUCGUCUGAAUAUCAAUUAGACAAAUAUCAUUUAUUUGGGGAUAAUACUGAAAAGACAACUCGAAUAUUUCUUCAUAAAAGCCAAUUUUCUUUAAACAAUGAAGAAAAACGUCAUUUGUUAGAUUUUUAUAGUGUAACUUCUGAUCAGAUCAUUUCCAAAAUUUCUGACUGCUUCGGUUUUCCAUCGAUUGUUAGUUUGUGUAGCAAUUUAACGAAUGAUAAAAUACCGGAGGGUUUCGAUAGUUCGCAUGAUUUUCUUAUUUUGGAAUUAGAAACGUUUUGGAAGGAAAAUGAAGAUAUAUAUGCUACAUUACUGCUAGUAUUUUGUUUGCAUGAAGUUUCAGAACAAGACCUUAAACAAAGAUCUUCCAAGAAAGUCGAGUCUUUAAUUUCGACAAUUAUUAAAGAAGUAUGUAAAGAAUUUAAACUGAAAGUUGCAAAGUGUAAAGUCAAUGAACUUUCAUAUACAUUCAUUAAAUACAUUGAAUCAAAUUAUGUGAAAAUAUUUUCAUUGCGAGACUUUGUUGAGGCUCCAUUUUUACACCAUCUUUCUGGUAAAUGUAUGGAAAUGGCUUUACAAUACUGUUCUUUUGAACUUUUGAUGGCAUUGGUUAGAACAAACCACCAAGACGAUCAGUGCAUUAUAAUCCGUAAAUGCUAUUAUGAUGACCUUUCAAUGCGAUGUAUUAAAGAAUUACAAGAUAAGAAUGCUGAUAUCGUCAGUCAUCCUGCAUUCAUUGACUAUACAUUUUUAUCUCAUUUUCUUGGCAUGAAUGGUAUAGCCAAUUUGUUGCACGACACCAAAUUUAUAAAUUUGGGAGAUAUUCGUGAAAUACAGGAAAGUGGCAAUUUUCUUCAUUACAUCACACUUCAUGGAGACAUGAGAUGUCUCAAAGCAGUGCUCGUUUAUUUUCAAGAUUUUCUACCCCAUUUAGUUGCGGAAAAAACAGAUAUGGAAUGGGAUAUCAUCGGCCUCGCUACUGUUUCGAUGCAUGACUCUAUGGAAAAAAUAAAUCUUUUGAAAGAAAAGAAAAUUGGAGAUUUACUGGCGUUACCACAUUUAGCGGUUUACUCGGAUAAAUUUGAAAUUGUUAAACAUAUCAGUAAUUUCACAAACUUCGACAAAAGCAAGCGCGAUACUAAGUCAAGAACAGUUCUCCACAAUGCUUGCGAUUCAAAGUAUGACAAUAGUCAAAUAAUUAAUUUUCUGAUAGAUACGGCAUUUGAUGUAAAUGCUGCAGAUGACAGUGGUAAUACGCCACUUCACCUGGCUGUUGCGAGAGGCAAACCACAGACUGUAUCCAUUUUAAUUAGCAAAGGCGCGGAGGUUAAUGUGGCGGAUGAUGUAGGCAGAUUACCCAUUCAUAAUUUUAGCAGCUCUCUUGGCGGUAGAACUGAUGUCGAAGUAACCGAUAUUCUAAAUCAGUUAAUCCAGGCUGGGUCACUAUUACAUGAGGCUGAUAAACUCGGUCGAAUUCCAUUACAAGAUAUAAUAGCUAAUGCUGACAGAAAGUGUUUCGAAUUACUAAUUAACACGGUGACGUCUUUUGAUAUCCUGGACGCUGAGUAUAUCCAUACGAUAAUUCUUGAAUCGACAAAGUUACUGGACGACUCUAUGUUUAGAUCAAUUUUAAGUUAUGUAAAUGAAAUUAAUAUCAGUCAUUUAAGUGACAGUAUUUUAUUCAUGUGCUGUGCUUCUGUUGAUAAGAUGAGAAUUUUACACAAUAAAGGAAUGGAUUUCGAUGUAGUAGAUGGCAAUAAGUGUAGUGUUCUACACCACAGUUGUCAACAUGGUUCUAUUGACACGGUCCGUUAUUUGGUGAAUGAAAGAGAGUUAAACAUUAAUCAAAAAGCCAAGAAUGGUCGCACUCCUAUAUUUUGUUCUGCGGUGUCGGAUAUCGAUCCUGUCAAAAAACUCAAGUUUUUAUUGUCAAAAGGGUGUAGCUUGCAUGUGGUUGAUGGUUUAAACCGUAGUUUACUUCAUCUUAGUUGUAGAUUCGGUAUACUUCAGGUUGUGGAAUAUCUAAUCAAUGAAGUGGGCCUGGAUGUUGGUCAUAGAGACAGUGAAGGUUACACGCCUGCAGCGUUCUGUUCUAUUUCUAACAUAACUCCUGUCAGUAAACUCAAAUUCUUAUUUUCAAAAGGGGCAAGUUUACUUACAGAAAAUAACAAUAAUUUGAGUUUACUGCAUGUAAGUUGUGAAUUAGGUACUAUUGAAACUGUUAAAUAUCUGGUGAAUGAAAUAGGGUUGGAUGUGAACCAUAAAGAUAUUAAAGGUUGGACACCGGCUAAAGACUGUUGUGUGUCUAAAAAUAAUUCUUUCAGUAAACUCAAAUUCUUGUAUUCAAAAGGGGCAGAUUUAUCUUCAGUGGAUAACAAUAAUAUGAGUUUACUUCAAUGUAGUUGUAAAGAGGGUACUGUGGAAAUUGUUGAAUAUCUGGUGAAUGAAAUACGGCUGGAUGUCCGUCAUAAAGACAACCAUGGUUGGACAACGGCUAUAUUCUGUUCUACAUCUAAUAUGAAUCCCAUCGAGAAACUCAAAUUCUUGUCAUCAAAAGGGGUAAGUUUACAUGCCACGGAUAACACUAAUAUGAGCUUGCUUCACUUUAGUAGUCUCGUGGGUACUGUUGAAACUGUUGAAUACCUGGUGAAAGAAAUAGGUAUGGACGUCAACCAUAAAGACAAUAACGGUAAAACACCAGCAUUUUGCUGUUCUUGUUCUAAUACAGGUCCUGUCAAAAAACUAAAAUUCCUGUCUUCAAAUGGAGUAAAUUUACAUACUAUGAAUUUACUCCAUGCCGCUUGUGCUUUGGGUACUAUUGAAACUGUUGAAUAUCUAGUGAAUGACGUAGGGUUAGAUGUCAACAUUUCGUAUGGCGAUGAAACUCCAUUAUUAAAUUGUUUCGAUUCAGAUAUUCAAAAGAUGGAAAAGAUCAGUUUUCUAAUUUUAAGCGGUGCUACGAUAAUAAUUUGUCGACCAUAUUAUUAUAAAGAUUACUUUCAGUUCGAGGACGACUAUAGUAAAUGUAAUUAUCUACUACACCAUAGCUGUUACCUGGGAAUAUUAGAUACAGUAAAAGUUUUAGUCAAUGAUGCAGGAUACGAUGUAAAUUAUAUUGGCGAUGACAAUAUGACAGCUUUAUUCUGGUGUUUUAAAACAAAGAUUCAACAACAAGAAAAGAUUAUGUUCCUUAUAUCUAAAGGCGCAAAAAUUACAAUAUGUCGACCUUAUAAAGGUCUUCUUCAAUACAGUAGUUGAUUUAGAAGCUGUGAAUCGGGUCGGUGGUUCCAAUAAGCGAGCGAAACCUGAAGGGGGAUUCGGGGAAGGGAGAGGUCUCACCCCUGAGAAACGUUUGAAAAUAUGAGUCGGUUUCCUGGCAUUUGAGGUAAGAAAGUAGUACGAACAAUUACUAGGGUUCGGUUAACGACGUAAAUGCUACAUAAUUUUGAUAAGUAGAGGGUACGUACAAGUAUAUUCCAUAGAGUUAUAUCGUAAAGUUGCUGCAUGACAGUGCUAUAGAGUUAUAUAAAACAGUUACUACAUGUAAGUUCUAUCGAGUUGGAUUGUAAAGUUGCUACAUCACAGUGCUUUAGAGUUGUAUGGUAAAGUUACUAUAUGUAAGUUGUAUAGUGUUGUAUAGUACCGUUGUAUAGUAAAGUUACUACAUGUAAGUUCUAUAGAGUUGGAUUGUAAAGUUCCUACAUCACAGUGCUUUAGAGUUGUAUGGUAAAGUUAUUACAUGUAAGUUCUAUAAAGUUGUAUAGUACAGUUGUAUAGUAAAGUUACUACAUGUAAGUUCUAUAGAGUUGUAUAGUACAGUUGUAUAGUAAAGUUACUACAUGUAAGUUCUAUAGAGUUGUAUAGUACAGUUGUAUGGUAAAGUUACUACAUGUAAGUUCUAUAGAGUUGUAUAGUACAGUUGUAUAGUAAAGUUACUACAUGUAAGUUCUAUAGAGUGGUAAAGUUACUACAUGUAAGUUCUAUAGAGUGGUAAAGUUACUACAUGUAAGUUCUAUAGAGUGGUAAAGUUCGGGUCCGUGAGAUGAGAGACAUGCCGAGUAUUGUUUUGUUUUUAAAAAAUGGUGGUAACUAAUAAAAAGGAAAUACACUGUUACUUGAUCGUAAAGUAUAAGAAAAGCGGUUACCUUUCUGAAUUAGAGUCGGAUUCUGACAGUCCACGUUUUUGGAAAAAUUGGCGAAUUAAAAUCUAUAAGCCACCUGCCCGAGCCUUCCUACCGGAGGGCCGCCCCUUCUUUGUUCCGUUUUAGGCAAUCAUCCCCGACAGGGAAUCGGGGCAUAGUCAGGGCUUGUUGAACAUUACAAAGAUGGUUAUCGCGCCAGUGUACACGAAACGUUCCGUUUGAAUCCAGUUCAACAUGAUUUUGGGCGUUGAAAAAAAAAUUAACGAAUAGUUUAUGUGAUAUAAAUAUUUUUCAUAUUUUAGCGUCUUGUGGGUCACGGUUUUUGUUUUUCAAUUUGUUUGCUUGCUUAAAGGGACGAUCCCGAUUUGAACAGAGUCUCAAAAAUAAAAGUCCGAGUAAAUAUAGAAUUUAAGCGCCAAAAUAUAGAGGAAUGGUGUAUUUACCUUGUCCCAAAAUUUCAGCUCAAAGUAUUGAGUCGUUUGGACGUGAACGUCAAAACUGCUUAUCCUAUAACACGUAACCCUUUUAAGAUUUCUGAUCAAUUUUUCGUUGGGUGACCUGAUAAUCGAUUCCCGUUCCUUUAGAGGUCUAUACAGUGAAUAAACAAUGUGCUGUAUUUGAUAACGAAGGGUAAAUGUCACCUACACAUUAUUUUUAUAAAAUAAAAGUCUGGUUUUAUCUAGACACCGCAUAAUACAGGUUGGGACACCGGUCUCCAGUUCCAGAUUCAGACUGACGGGUUUAUGUUGUUUGAAAACGUAUCACAUAUAUUGAAUGUGAUACAUGAAUAUAACAAAUUGUAGUUAUUACGGCCAUCGUCCUAAUUUUUCUAUGUUCAAUAUUUUGUGGAAUUUUUGUGUUAAAAAACACCACAGAAUAAGAUCUGGUAGAAUAUACUUGCAAUAUAGGAAAAGCUUUUAAUGUUCCAGAAAAAUUAAUAGAAAAUAUUUCAUAAAUUGUUCAUAGUCCUUCUAUGUGUUUGCGUGACCUCGGUUUUUCGUCCCAUCCAAACGACUAUAAUUUGGCCCUUGUCAGACCCUUUGUUCUGCAUCACUAACAGGGGGGGGGGGGGGCACGCCGAAAAUCCCGAUGAAUUUUCUUGGCCAUCGCAGGGAUUGAAC